GUCAUGGUGCUGAGAACCUCUUUAUGUAGACAUUUAUUGCACUCACAGUAGCCUAUAUACAGUUGUGCCUCCUGGUCUAUCUCAAACAUCAGCAUUUUACAACACUAUAUCGAACCUUUAUUUGAGCAGGGAGCCCCAUUGGGACCAAGGUUUCCUUUGCAAGGGAGCCCUGAAGAAGAGACAUUAUCUGGUAAUUCAGAUAAGAAUAAGUAGGCAGGCAGCAUUGAAAAAGAAGUCAGGAAACUAUUGGUUUCACUUGUAGAACUCCUAGCUGAACUCAGAGGUGGGGGUUGCCUGCAGGUCAAGUACGGAGGUGAGGUUGUCCAAAGAGCAGUUUUCAGACGGACUGUGCGCUGUAGACUGCAGUACAUCGCCACCAGAACUAAACAAGCAGAACCUGCAAAUAGAAACUCCAGUUUUCACUCCAGAAGGAGACAUUUAAAGGGAUUUUUCUUUUACUUUCACUAAGACUUCAUGUCACGCCAAAUAACCAGUUAAAAGGGACCAGCAAGCCAGCUUCUCUGCGCUGAGACCGAACUCAGGCGAGCAGUCCCUGAUGAGGCUGGAGGCCGCCGCAAGGAUGGACCUUAUCAAGAAGCUAUGGAGAGCACGCAAGCUGAUCCUGGUGGUGCUGAUCCCGCUGUCGCUGCUGCCGCUGCCCCUCAUCCACCCCACCAGCGAGGCCUGCUGUGCGUACGUGUUGAUAGUGACAGCAGUGUACUGGGUGUCAGAAGCUGUACCCCUGGGAGCUGCUGCCCUCGUACCAGCCUUCCUAUACCCGCUGUUCGGAGUGCUCAAGUCCAGCGAGGUAGCUGCAGAGUACUGUAAGGACACCACUCUGCUGCUGAUGGGGGUGAUCUGUCUGGCGGCCUCCAUAGAGAAAUGGAACCUCCACAAACGCAUCGCUUUACGCAUGGUCAUGAUUGCCGGAGCCAAGCCUGGCAUGUUGGUGCUGGGUUUCAUGUGCUGUACGGUCUUCCUGUCCAUGUGGCUCAGUAACACCUCCACUACUGCCAUGGUGAUGCCCAUCGCUGAGGCCGUCCUGCAGCAGCUCAUCAGCACCGGCGUGGCCGACACCCAGGAAGACUCCGAAACCGUUGAGGCCACCGAGGACGGCUGCCUCAGCGACAGGGAAGAGAAUCUGGAACAGAACCAACUGGAGCGUCUGUAUCGCAGAGACAGCUGUAUGAAGCAGGAGCUCUGCACUCUGACUGAGUUGCCGACUGUGGAGACUAACGGGACUGGGAGGAAGGCCAGUAAGACCAGUCUGGGCCAGUUGUCCCUAAAACAGACCAAUGGACACCUGCCAUCGACAGCGAUCAGCAUCCCAGAGCCCAAGAAGGAGAAGGAGAGCAAGAACUCUCGCUACCCCACCAAGAGAGAUCAUAUGAUCUGUAAAUGUCUCUCGCUCAGCAUCACGUACGCAGCCACCAUUGGAGGCCUCAUCACCAUCACCGGCACCUCCACCAACCUUAUCUUCGCCGAACAGUUCAACAAUCGCUACCCGGAUGCGAAGGUGAUCAACUUUGGGACCUGGUUCAUCUUCAGUUUCCCCAUCGCGAUCAUCAUGCUGCUGCUGACCUGGGUCUGGCUGCACUUCCUCUUCCUCGGCUGCAAUUUCAGGGAGACAUGCUCGUUGAGUAAAAAGCGUAAGACAAGGAGAGAGAUGCUGUCAGAGAGGAAGAUCCACGAGGAGUACAUAAAGCUUGGGCCCAUCAGCUACCCAGAGGUGGUGACAGGAGUGUUCUUCAUCCUGAUGACUCUGCUGUGGUUCACCAGAGAACCGGGCUUCGUACCCGGGUGGACGUCGCUGUUCGAGAAGAAAGGCUACAGGACGGACGCCACUGUCUCUGUGCUACUGGGCUUCCUGCUCUUCCUUAUCCCGGCCCGUCGGCCAUUCUCUCGGGCCCCCAGAACCCCCGCAGGGGACAGCUCCGCAGAAAGAGACCCAGACCCCAUGGCCCCCAUGAUCACCUGGAAGGACUUCCAGAAUCUCAUGCCCUGGGAGAUCGUCAUCCUUGUGGGAGGGGGCUAUGCCUUGGCUGCUGGCUGCAAGGUGUCAGGGCUGAGUGUGUGGAUCGGCAGACAGCUGGAGCCCAUGAGUGGUCUACCCCCGUGGAUGGUCACGCUGCUGGCCUGCCUGCUCGUCUCCGCGGUUACAGAGUUCGCCAGCAACCCCGCCACUCUCACCGUGUUCCUACCUAUCCUCUCUGCUCUGUCGGAGACCCUGCAGAUCAACCCCCUCCAAACACUCAUCCCCGCCACCAUGUGUGUGUCAUUUGGGGUCAUGCUGCCUGUCGGGAACCCUCCCAACGCCAUAGUGUUCAGUUACGGACAUGUGCAGAUCAGCGACAUGGUGAAGGCAGGAUUCGGGGUGAAUCUGAUUGGUGUUCUAGUGGUGAUGCUGGCCAUAAUGACCUGGGGCGUGCCCCUCUUCAACCUGACUGAGUACCCAGACUGGGCCAUCGCCAGGAACUUCACUGGCAGCUUAUAACCACGCGGGGGCGCGAGAGAGAGUGCAGAGGUCACAGAGAGCCGUCUCUUUUACUGUAAAUGCCAAAUUGAAAGGGACUGAGGCUUAUUCCUUCAACCGUGCAGGUUGGGGAAGACUGGGUGGAAGAAGCACCACAAGGGAGGAGACGCAGGGGCUGCCUUUUCAUAGGCGGCCCAAUUCAGAUUUUUUUUUUUUUACACUAAUUGGUAUUUUGACCAAUCAGAUCAGAUAUUUUGCCAAUAAUUGCACAAAAUAUCUGAAUUGGGCUGCCUGUGUAAACGCAGCCAAAGUAGCCUAUAUGAGGUGCACGGAAUAGACUCCCAACUCAAGUCAACGGAUCAUAUUGCCUUUUACUCCAUAUUACUGUAUGUUGCUGUAAAUGUUACUUGUAUAUUGUUUUCUAAUCUCUCCAUCCCAUAGCCCACAAAAAAAAACAUUGAUUCAAGAUGGGUUUAUGACAAGCCACAGCAUAUUGUAUGUCACACAUUUUCCUAAAGGUUGAGCUAACAACCACAUGAACAGUAUUUCUAUGCAUAUGACACUUUGCUAAUUAGAACUAUACUCUAUAUUUACAGUAGUAUACAGUCUUCAUGGUGUUACAUACUGGGUCCCUACUGUUAAGUGUGCUGAAAUUCCCUAUAUAGUGCACGACUAUUGAGAGCCAUAGAGAAUAGGGUGUAAAGACAGACACAAUCGAGACCAGAGAGAAAACUGCAGAGUAAAGAGCCUCUCCAAUCAACAGCCAAAUCACGAGAGCCGUCUGUCCCUAGGACUACAGAGCAACGUGUACAUUCUAUCGUAGACCAUAUGACUUGUAUGAAAUGCUCUAUAUUUUUGUUGAACCAAUUUAAAUGUAAUCGUGUGCCUUUUUGUACUUUAUCCACUGUCGUCGUGAAAAUGGAGGCCGAUACAGAAUGUAUGCACAUCAAGCAAUCUAAAUCCUACAUCUCUGUUUAUAAUUUAUUCGACGUUGCACAAGUUUUCAAACUUUGAUGUGGUUUUAGAAGACAGAUAUAGAACCUUUGUAAAUACAUGCCAACUUGUAAUAUGAAAAAGAAAUGUGCCUUGUAGUGUCCAACCAAUCCGAUGAACUGUAACCUCCAUGAAUAAUGUUAAUGUAGUUUUUUCCACACAUAUUCAACUCACCUCGUAGAAUAGGCCUAGAUUCAUGGAAAUUAAACACAAUUGUUACAAAAUAAU